AUGAAGAAGCAAUGUGAUCAAAAGCUGCUUAUUCGAAUGAAAACUAAAUGUGUACCUUGCUCUUUAAACCUCGAAACCCAGUGCCCUGCUGGUUACACCAAAAUUACCAAUGGGACCGGGAUACCAGACUGCAGGUAUUAUCUAGAAAUUAAAACACACACACUUUCUUUUCCGGGAUGUCGACAUCAUUGUAUGAAGGAAUUCGAACAACCUGAGUGCUGCCAGGGACACUGGGGCCCAGACUGCAUGGCCUGUCCAGGAGGAGCUGCAUCACCAUGCAACAGGAGAGGACACUGCUCCCAGGGUAUAAAUGGGAAUGGAUCGUGCACUUGUCAGAAAGGGUUUGGUGGGACAGCCUGUGAAAAAUGUGCUGAAGAGAAUUUAUUUGGUCCUCACUGCACAUCGGUUUGCAACUGCAUUCAUGGAGUAUGCAACAGUGGAAUUACAGGGGAUGGAACAUGCACUUGCUUGUCUGGAUACAAAGGGCUCAGCUGUGAUCAGCCAAUAGCUGAAUGCGAGGCUUUACGGUGCCCUGAAAACUCCAGAUGCACUGCCUCAGGCAAGGAUGGAAGACAACUGCAAUGCACGUGCCUGCCCAACUACCACGGGGACGGUACACAGUGUGAACCCAUCAACCCAUGCUCCAAAAAGGUCUGUGAUCCUAAUGCUGACUGCAUUUACCUCGGACCAAAUCAGCACAAAUGUACCUGUCAAGAAGGUUACAGAGGGGAUGGUCAAGUCUGCUUACCCAUAGACCCUUGCCAAGCAAAAUACGGGAGAUGCUCUGCACAGUCCACCAUUUGCAUAUAUGACGGUCCGGGAAAGUCCCACUGUGAAUGCAAGGAGCAUUACACAAACUUUGUACCUGGGAAAGGAUGCAGCAUGAGAGACAUCUGUGAAACAAACAACACCUGCCAUAAAAAAGCUAAAUGCUCAACAGUUGCACCAGGACAGAUCACCUGUACAUGCCAGGGGGACUCCGUGGGGAACGGGUUUGUGUGCUACGGAAAUGUCAUGGAGCGCCUCCAGGAGCUGAACACUGAAGUGGGAGGACGGUGGCAAGGCAAGCUGACGUCUGCCUUAUCACUCAUGGAAAAUGUCUAUGAAUGGCCACUGAGUACUCUGGGACCAUUUACUGUGCUCGUACCUACAAAUAAGGGGCUCAAAGGCAUAAAUGUAAAGGAUCUUCUGAAUAAUAAGCAGAAAGCACAGUACUUCGUGAAACUCCAUGUAAUUGCUGGUCAGUUGAAUACCAGUAGCUUGAAUAAUACUAAUGUAAUAUAUACUUUGACUGGCAAGUCAGGAGAGAUAUCAAAGGGAGAGAAGGAUAAUCAAUUAAGAAUUAGAAUCCAAGGAGGAAGGAGGAAAGGAAAAUUUCUGCAGGGAAAUAUUAUUGCUUCCAAUGGGAUUUUGCACAUUAUUGACAAAGCCAUGGACAAUGUGGAGCCAGCAUUUGAAAGCAGCAAAGAGGAAACCAUAAUGUCAGUACUUCAAGAUAAUGGAAGAUACAGCCAAUUUACAUCUUUGAUAGAGAAAACUGGCUUGGGAACGGAUUUACAGCAGGACAACAGGGCUUACACAGUCUUUGUUCCAAGUAAUGAGGCUCUGAGUAAUAUGAAAGCUGAGGCUCUGGAUUACCUGCUUUCUACAGAGGGUUCAUGGAAGUUGCUGGAGCUGGUCCGAUACCACAUUGUCUGCAAUACUGAGCUCGAGGUUGCCAGCCUCAUCUCAACAGAGCACAUCAGAAGCAUGGCGAAGCAGUUCAUUUACUUUAACAGGACCAGCACCGGGCAAAUCCUGGUGACUGGAGAAGAAAUUGAAGAAACAGACAUUGUUGCAAAAAAUGGUCGCAUUUAUACUCUUGCAGGAGUCCUUAUCCCACCCACAAUCAUUCCAAUUCUACCACAUCGUUGUGAUGAGACAAGAAGUCAAGUUGCAAUGUUAAAUAUUUUCAAGUUCCUGAAUCCCACUUGUACGUACAAGUACACACCUUUUUCAAAACGGAGAUGCAUUAUCGAAGGCCCAAUCUUUCAAAAAAACGGCUGUGCCAGAGCCUGCAAUGUCACAAUAAAGGAACCAAAGUGUUGCAAAGGCUUCUUUGGCCCUGACUGCAGUCCGUGCCCAGGAGGCUUCUCCAAACCCUGUUCAGGAAACGGGCAGUGCAUGGAUGGCCUGGAUGGAAAUGGGACCUGCACUUGUGCUGAGGCAUUUCAAGGCUCACGCUGUCAGUUCUGCUCAGACCCUGGCAAAUACGGACCUCAGUGUGACAAAGAGUGCCCCUGCAUUUAUGGGAAGUGUGAUAACCGAAUAGACAGCGACGGGAUCUGUCUUCCUGGGUCAUGCAGAAGCGGAUACACCGGAAAAUUCUGUGAUAAGCAGAUCGUUCCCUGUGAGCCCUCCCUACAGCUCUGCCACGCACAUGCAGACUGUCAGCUUAGUGAUGGUGCAGUGAGCUGUGUUUGCAAACCUGGCUACGAGGGAGAUGGCAUGAGCUGCAGCAAAGUUGAUCCUUGCGCUGCUUUAAACCGAGGUGGCUGCAAUAUCAAUGCCGAGUGCAUCCAGACAGGCCCCGGAGAGCACGAGUGUGUUUGCCAGGCAGGAUGGACAGGCGACGGACGGGACUGCUCAGCCAUCAACAACUGCCUGCUGCCCACCAUGGCAGGGUGCCAUGAAAAUGCCUCCUGCAUAUACAUUGGGCCGGGCCAGAAUGACUGCAAGUGUAAGGAUGGAUUUUGGGGGAAUGGUAUUGAAUGCAUACCCGUAAACUCAUGCCUGGAACAAAAUGGAAAAUGUCAUCAUCUGGCAACUUGUCAGUUUGAGUCUUCUCGUGGCUGGGAGUGCGUGUGCCCAGAGGGCUACGAAGGAGAUGGUAAAAUCUGCUAUGGAAAUGCUGCAGAUGAGUUAUCUACUCUGUCAGAAGCAGCUGCUUUUAACCAAUGGGUUAAUGAGGCAGAGAUAAACUCGAUGUUGUCCACCACCUCAAACCUCACUGUCCUCGUGCCUUCUCUCCAAGCAAUUGAUAGCAUGGAUGAAGAUGAGAAAGCCUUUUGGAUGUCAAAGAGUAACAUCCCAACUCUACUGAAGUAUCAUGUAUUGACAGGAGCUUACAGCUUUGCUGAUUUCCAGAAUUUAUCAUCUUCUGACAUGCUGCCAACAUCUCUACAGAGCAACUUCCUACACUUGUCUAAAGAAAAUGGGAACAUCACCGUCGAGGGUGCUCACAUCGUGGCUGGAGACAUCGCAUCCACAAACGGGGUCAUACAUGUUAUUGAUAAGGUUCUGACUCCCCUCCACAGCACCGUCAUGCCGAGGCUGCUGGCCCGCCUGGAACAAAUGCCCGAUUACUCCGUUUUCAGGGACUACAUUAUUCAAUACAGCCUGGCAAAUGAAAUAGAAGCUGCAAACACAUACACAGUCUUUGCCCCAAGUAAUGAUGCCAUAGAAAACUACCUAAGAGAUAAAAAGUCUGCUACUCUGGAUGAAGGCCAAAUCCGCUAUCACAUUGUGCUAGAUGAGAAGCUCCUGAAGAACAACCUGCACAACGGCAUGCACAGGGAGACCAUGCUAGGGUUCUCCUACCAGGUUGGGUUCUUCCUCCACAACGGCCAGCUAUUCAUAAAUGAUGCGCCUAUAAGUUAUACAAAUGUUGCAACAGACAAAGGAAUUAUUCAUGGAUUGGGAAAAGUCCUGGAAAUCCGGAAGAACAGAUGUGACAUCAAUGACACAGUGAUCAUUGAAAAGUGCAGUAUUUGUUCACAGACAUCAAGUUGUCCCCCAGGAACAAAAGAAAUUGCAGGGGAGAAGAAAUACUGUGUCCUCUCGGAAAACAACAUGGGAAUACACACCAUCCAGCUCAGGUGUCAGACAAAGUGUGCUAAAACUGUCAUUAGGAGGGAGUGCUGCGCAGGUUUCUUCGGGCAGCAGUGCCAGCCCUGCCCAGGAAAAGCAGGGAACGCCUGCUUCGGAAACGGCGUCUGCCUCGAUGGCAUCAAUGGGACGGGCACCUGCGAGUGCGAAGAAGGGUUUGUCGGGACAGCCUGUGAAAGCUGCAUUGAAGGCAAAUACGGCCGCAACUGCGAUCAAGUGUGCGCUUGUGUCCAUGGGAAAUGCAGCAGCGGGACCGAUGGGGAUGGCUCCUGUGAAUGUGACGUUGGCUGGAGAGGCGUGAUGUGUGAGAUUGAAAUCAAAGAUGAUGCCUGUAAUGCCACAUGCCAUAGCAGUGCUAACUGCCUUCUAUCAAAUGGUACUGCCUAUUGCAAGUGUGCAGCUGGGUUUACAGGGAACGGGACAUUCUGCACAGCCAUCGAUGCUUGUGAGACCAACAAUGGCGGCUGUUCUGCCAAGGCAGAGUGCAGAAGAACAACACCUGGCAACAGGGCGUGUGUCUGCAACGCUGGGUACACCGGGGAUGGAAUAGUCUGCAUUGAAAUCAACCCUUGUCUGGAGAGCAACGGUGGAUGCGAUAGAAAUGCAGAGUGCACACAGACUGGACCCAAUCAAGCAGUAUGUAAUUGCUUGAAGGGAUACUCUGGAGAUGGUAAAAGAUGCACAUAUAUCAGUCUGUGUUCACAAAAUAAUGGAGGCUGCAGUGAAUUUGCCAUUUGUAAUGACACCGAGCUGACAGAAAGGACAUGCACCUGCAAAAAAAACUACAUUGGAGAUGGAUUUAAGUGCCGAGGCAAUAUCUUCCAGGAACUUCUCAGGAACUCCAACACAUCUAGGUUUUAUUUCCAUUUAGAGGCCUUCUCUAUCAGAGAUAUUGCAGGCCCUGGCCCUUUCACUGUGUUCGUACCUCGCACAGACAUACUAAACAGCGACCCACGAGUCAAGGACUGGAUUGCCAAAGGAGUGAUGGCUCAAGUCCUUCGGUACCAUAUGGUGGGUUGUGCCAGUCUGCUGUACAGUGACCUGACAAGAGUCACCAACAUCACCUCUCUCCAUGGGGACCCAAUACACAUCAGCUACUCUCAGAACUCGCUGGUUUUGAACAACAAUGCUGAAAUUAUACUUAGUGAUGCUGUUGGCACAAAUGGUGUGAUCCAUGUCAUAAACCAAAUUCUAGUCCCAUCACAUAUGCAGGAUUUCCCCCUUAAGAAGGUAUCAGGAGGUGAGGUGAUGGAAAGCCUUAAAAUGGUUGCAGCCAAACAUGGAUACAUCCUGUUCAGCAGUUUGCUAGAGAAAAACAACCUGCUCAGGCUGAUCAGCGAUCCUAUUCACAAACCCGUCACGCUCUUCUGGCCCACAGACACAGCUAUCCGUGGCCUGCCACAAGAGCAGCAGGACUUUCUCUUCAAGAAGUCCAACACAGACAAACUGGUGCAGUACCUCAAAUUCCACAUCAUCCGUGAUGCUGCGGUGUUGGCCUACCAACUACCCCGCUCUACCUCUCUGAAGACCCUGCAGGGCUCCAACCUCAGCAUCAGCUGUGGGGAUAACAGGGAAAUUGGAGCACUUUUCCUGAACGACGGGCAGUGCAAGAUCGUGCAGCGGCAGCUGGAGUUUGAUGGGGGCAUCGCCUAUGGUAUCGACUGCCUGCUGACCGACCCCAGUCUGGGCGGACGCUGCGACAGCUUCUUCACCAUGGAUUUCAUGGGGCAUUGUGUUAGCUGUUUCCAUAAUUCUAAAUGUCCUCCAGGGGCAAAAGCAAAGGAAGGGAUCCAAUGGUGCACGUACGAGUCCUUUGGGCUGCAGAGGGAUGGCUGCCGCAGGAGUUGCUCCAUGGUCAUCCACGUGGCCAAGUGCUGCAAGGGCUACUUCGGGCCAGACUGCCAAGCUUGCCCAGGGGGCUCAGAGACCCCUUGCAAUAACCACGGAUCCUGCGACGACGGGUACACCGGGACAGGAGAGUGCCGCUGCUACAGCGGCUUCAAUGGGACUUCGUGUGAGCUGUGCUUGCCAGGCAGAUACGGCUCCGACUGCAGGCCCUGUGAAUGCAAGACCAACGGGCAGUGUGACGAAGGGUACUCAGGAACAGGACGAUGCUUCUGUGAAACAGGAUGGACCGGCCGGCUCUGUUCUGCCCUCCCCACAGCUCUACAGCCAGUGUGUUCCCCGAGCUGCUCCGUCAACGCCGUCUGCAUGGAGAACAACACGUGCCAGUGCAGGCCAUUUUACGAUGGGGAUGGGAUCACUUGCACAGCUGCAGACCUUUGCAAGCAAAACAACGGAGGGUGCCACAGGAUGGCUGAAUGCACACAGCUUGGGGUGAAAGUCUUCUGCAACUGCCAGAAAGGAUACAAAGGAGAUGGCUUUACAUGCCUUCCAAUAAAUCCUUGUGCUGAUGGGUUCAACGGAGGCUGCCAUGAGCAUGCAAUUUGCACUGUCAUAGGACCUGACAAACGCAAGUGUGAAUGUAAAAAUAACUACAUCGGCGACGGGCUGAACUGCUCGGUGAUGCAGCUUCCUCUCGACCGCUGCUUGCAAGACAAUGGGCAGUGCCACCCCGAUGCUGACUGUGCUGACCUCCACUUCCAAGAUACCACGGUUGGGGUUUUCCACUUACGGUCCCCACGAGGACAGUACAAAAUGACUUAUGAGGAGGCGAAGGAGGCCUGUGCCAAUGAAUCAGCCACCAUUGCCACAUAUAACCAGUUGAUGUAUGCGCAGAAGGCAAGGUACCACCUCUGCGCUGCCGGCUGGCUAGACGGAGAAAGAGUGGGCUACCCAACUGCCUUCUCCUCCCCAAAGUGUGGCUUCGGGUACGUUGGCAUCGUGGACUAUGGGAGAAGAGUCAACCUGAGUGAAACCUGGGAUGUCUUCUGCUACCGAGAGAAAGAUGUGAACUGCACCUGCAAGCCAGGCUACGUGGGCGAUGGCUUCUCCUGCAGCGGGAACUUGCUGCAAGUGCUGAUGUCCUUCCCAACGCUGACAAACUUCUUGUCGGACAUCAUGGCUUACUCCAACAGCUCUAGGAAGGGGAGAGAGUUCCUGCAGUACCUCACGGACUUGUCAGUGCGCGCCACUCUCUUUGCUCCACAUGAUAGCGGGUUAAGGGAAAAUGAGACACUUUCCGGGCGUGACAUCGAGCAUCAUUUAUCUACCACCAGCAUAAUGUUUUAUGAGGACUUGGCCAACGGAACCACUCUUCUAACUCGUCUGGGGAAAAAACUCCUCAUCACAAACACCAAGGGCCGGGAACACCAAGCCCCCACUGCUGAACAG